AUGGCUACCCCCAGUGUCCUUACCUUUGAUGCUGAGGGUCGUGCUGUUGACUUCGAGGUCUGGGUCGAUGACCUGCAGCUUUUCCUACAGUACGAUAGGGCAGAUAGACUCUCCCUGUUCGAUCUCACCUCUGGUGCCUCUCCUGCCCCGCCGGCUGAUGCUGACAGCAGUGUUCGCUCACAGUGGGCCACACGCGAUGCUGCUUCCCGUCUUGCUGUGCGUCGACACUUACCGACCGCUGAGCGUGCGCACUUUAGUCAGUACACGAGUGCUAAGACCUUCUACGACGCUGUAGUUGCACGCUACUCUUCCCCUGCCACUGCUGCUCUUAGCCGCCUCAUACUGCCGUACCUGUUCCCUGACCUUGCUGCCUUUCCCACUGUCGCUGACCUCAUUACGCACCUUCGCACUAGUGACACUCGCUACCGUGCUGCGCUUCCUGCUGAGUUCUGUGCCAAGAACCCUCCCCCCAUAUACAUCACCCUCUAUUACAUAGUUACCCGGCUCCCUGACUCCCUUCGCUUAGUCAGGGACCACUUCCUCUCAGUUUGCCCCACCACACUCACCGUUGACCUCCUCGAGGAGCGCCUCCUGGCAGCAGAGAAGAGCAUAGUUGCUGUAGGAGCCUCUCGUGGUGACUCUCGUACCCCCGUCUUUGAGGGGUGUUCCCCCUCCCCCCUCUUGCCCUCUGUUGCCUCUGCUGCUGCGGCCGACCUCGUUCGCCUCGAGUCGGUCGGAGCUGCGUCUGCCCCUAGCGGGAGACGCCGCACCGGCAAGGGCAAGGGGGCGCCAGCAGCAUCAGCGCACUCGUGA